CACCCCAUGUGCAGUUCCUUGGCUUCUGCUUCAUCCUCUCAUUGCCUCUCUCUCUCUCUCUCUCUCUCUCUCUCUCUCUCUCUGCCUUUCCAAUUUCAGAGUUCCUUCAACAACUUCCCUACAUCCUCUGCGUCAAUUCCCAUUGCAAAAGCUGCAAGCUUUUUUGUUUUGCUUUUUUUUUUGUCUCUUCUUUCCUCUUCCUUUUUUUUUCUUCUGGGUUCUGGUGAAGCAUGAAGAAGAGCAAAACCCUUCUAUCGAUUCUGUUUCUGGCGUUCGCUUCGGCGUUUCAUCUCUCACGAGCUCAAGCAAGCUCCUCCAAUGGCGGCGACGAUGCCUCAGCAAUGCUUGCUCUCAGGAAGAGCCUUAACCCUCCUCCAUCUCUCGGGUGGUCCGGCCCGAACCCUUGCAAAUGGAAAAACGUUGGUUGUGCGGACAGCAACCGCGUGACCCGGAUCCAAAUAGGGCACUGCAAUCUCCAAGGCACGCUCCCUCCUGAUCUCCGUAACUUGUCUGAACUCGAGCGUCUUGAGCUCCAAUGGAACAAAAUCUCCGGCCCUGUCCCUUCCUUAAGUGGGUUGAGUUCACUGCAAGUGUUAAUGCUCAGUAACAAUCAGUUUGAUUCGAUCCCUAGCGAUUUCUUCGUCGGGUUGUCGUCUUUACAGUCCGUAGAGAUCGAUAACAAUCCGUUCUCGGCUUGGGAGAUCCCUGAGAGCCUCAGAGAUGCUUCUGGUCUGCAGAAUCUCUCGGCGAACUCCGCGAAUGUCACCGGAAAGUUGCCGGAUUUUCUUGGCCAGGACGAGUUUCCGGGUCUAUCCGUUAUGCACUUGGCCUUCAAUGACCUACAAGGAGAACUACCUUCGAGCUUGUCUGGUUCACAGGUUCAGUCAUUGUGGCUUAAUGGGCAGAAAAGUGGGCUCACUGGUCGGAUCCAUGUUUUACAGAACAUGACUGCUUUAAGAGAGGUUUGGUUGCAUUUGAAUGCGUUUUCAGGUCCUUUGCCGGAUUUUUCAGGUCUGAAAGCGCUGGAAAGCUUGAGCUUGAGGGAUAACCUGUUCACUGGUCCUGUGCCUGUGUCUCUGACAAAUCUUGAAUCUUUGAAGGUGGUGAAUCUGACGAAUAAUCUGCUUCAAGGGCCAGUUCCUGCGUUUAAGAGCUCGGUUUCGGUUGAUUUGGUUGAAGAAUCGAACAGCUUUUGCUUGCCGAGUCCUGGUGAGUGUGAUCAUAGGGUCAGCACUUUGCUCUUGAUCGUGAAAUCGAUGGGAUAUCCUCAAAGGCUUGCUCAGAGCUGGAAAGGGAACGAUCCUUGUGCGAGCUGGAUCGGGAUUACUUGUAGCAAUGGAAACAUCACAGUCAUUAAUCUUGAGAAGAUGGGACUUAACGGAACGAUAUCUCCCGAGCUUGGAUCCAUCAGAUCGCUUCAAAGGCUUGUUCUUGGAGGUAACAAUCUUACCGGUACAAUUCCUCAAGAACUAACGACGUUGCCUGACCUUAGAGGGCUUGAUGUUUCGAAUAACCAGCUUUACGGGAAAGUCCCGGCAUUCAGAAGCAAUGUGGUCGUGAACACUGCGGGAAAUCCCGAUAUCGGGAAGGAUAAACGGCCUUCACCCUCUGGUUCUUCAGCUGAUCCAUCAUCAGGUCCAGGAAGUAGCGGGAGGAACUCAAAGUCUUCAACUUUAACCGGAAUAAUCAUCGGUUCAGUGACCGGAGGUAUCCUUUUCGUCUUCUUGAUAGGAAUAUUGGCUUUCUGCUGGUACAAGAAGAAUCAGAAGAGAUUCACAAGAGUUCAGAGCCCAAACACUAUGGUGAUACACCCAAGGCACUCUGGCUCAGACAAUGAAAGUGUGAAAAUCACAGUUGCAGGUUCAAGUGUUAGUGUCGGUGCCGUAAGCGAGACUUAUACUCUUCCGAGCACUAGUGAGGCCGGAGAUAUCCAGAUGGUGGAAGCAGGGAACAUGCUGAUCUCGAUUCAGGUUUUACGUUCGGUAACAGACAACUUCAGCCAAGAAAACAUCCUCGGGCAAGGAGGUUUCGGGGUAGUUUACAAGGGCGAGUUGCACGAUGGAACGAAAAUCGCAGUGAAGAGGAUGGAAUCUGGAGUGAUAUCGGGAAAAGGGUCUGCAGAAUUCAAGUCGGAGAUCGCUGUUCUGACAAAGGUGAGGCAUCGGCAUCUGGUUGCGCUUCUCGGGUAUUGCUUAGACGGGAACGAGAAACUUCUUGUUUUCGAGUACAUGCCUCAAGGUACACUAAGCCGGCAUCUAUUCAACUGGUCGGAGGAAGGGCUGAAGCCACUUGAGUGGAAGCAGAGGCUAACCAUAGCACUGGACGUGGCGAGAGGGGUGGAGUAUCUCCAUGGAUUAGCUCAUCAGAGCUUCAUACACAGAGACUUGAAGCCUUCGAAUAUUCUUCUCGGGGAUGAUAUGAGGGCUAAAGUUGCAGACUUUGGACUCGUUCGACUUGCCCCAGAGGGCAAAGGAUCGAUCGAGACGAGAAUUGCUGGAACUUUCGGAUACUUAGCUCCAGAAUAUGCAGUUACUGGGAGAGUGACCACGAAGGUCGAUGUAUACAGCUUCGGGGUGAUACUAAUGGAGAUCAUCACGGGAAGAAAGGCCCUUGACGAGACACAACCAGAAGACAGCAUGCAUUUGGUCUCAUGGUUCAAACGUAUGUUCAUCAACAAAGACUCAGCCUUCAAUAAAGCCAUCGACCCGACAAUAGAACUCGACGAAGAAACCCUGGCGAGCAUUCAGACGGUGGCGGAGCUCGCCGGCCAUUGCUGCGCCCGUGAGCCGUACCAGAGACCAGACAUGGGCCAUGCCGUUAACAUCCUAUCCUCACUGGUCGAGCUAUGGAAACCUUCCGACCAGAACCCUGAAGACAUUUACGGGAUAGAUCUCGACAUGUCGCUGCCGCAAGCGCUCAAGAAAUGGCAGGCUUAUGAGGGAAGAAGCGAUUUCGAAUCUUCGUCUUCUUCGUCGCUUCUACCGAGCUUGGACAAUACUCAGACGAGCAUUCCGACCAGACCUUAUGGCCUUGCUGAUUCCUUCACUUCCGUAGACGGUCGAUAAAUUGAUCAUAUGCUUUAACCCCGUUCCCUUUUUUUGGGUUUUUGUAUAUUGGGUUUUCUCUCCACCAUUCUUUCAUGUUUCUUGUCGUGCAAGUAACGUUUUAGGGUUUAUCAUCUUCUUCUUUCUUGUUCUGUUUCUUGUAAGGGUGAUUCAGAUUUCGUGUCCUGUAAGAUUGUGGAAUUUGUAGUGACAGUGAAGGCAGAGGUUGACGACGAUCCGUUUUCA